AGCUUCCAAGUAGCAAACAACCGUUACCACACGUUCUCAUCCUUCUCAACCAUAUGGGAGUCUAAGCAACACAGUGGUCGAGAGAUGGAAAAUGGAAAUGAAUGUCAUUCUGAUCCUUCCCCUUCUUGUCUUUCCCAUGGCUUUGUUGCCGGCCGUGUGCCUUUCUGCGGGGGGCAGCAACGAUCUCCACCCUCUGGUCCUCAUACCGGGGAGUGGCGGCAACCAACUGGAGGCCCGGCUGACGAAGGACUACAAGCCGUCGAGCCUCCUCUGCGCCCUUUCCGCGACGAGGAAGGGGAAGGACGGGUGGUUCAGGCUGUGGUUCGACCCGACGGUGCUGGUGCCCGCCCUCACCCGCUGCUUCGCCGAGCGGAUGACUCUGUACUACCACGCCGCCCUCGACGACUACCGCAACGCCCCCGGCGUGCUGACCCGGGUCCCCUGCUUCGGCUCCACUCAGGGGCUCCUCUACCUCGACCCUCACCUCAAGCAUAUCACCGAAUACAUGGCAACUCUCGUGAACUCCUUGGAGCAGCUUGGCUAUGUAGACGGCGAAAACCUCUUCGGCGCGCCGUACGACUUCCGCUACGGUCUGGCUGCAGAAGGCCACCCCUCCAAAGUUGGAACCCAGUAUCUGGAAGAUCUCAAAGAAUUAAUCGAAUCUGCGAGUGCUUCCAAUGGCGGCAAGCCCGUGAUCCUCCUCUCCCACAGCCUCGGCGGCCUCUUCGCGCUUCAGCUCCUCGUCCGCAGCACUUCCUCAUGGCGGCAAAAGUACGUCAAGCACCUGCUCACCCUCUCGGCGCCAUGGGCCGGCACGGUGCAAGAGAUGCUCACCUUUGCGUCGGGGUACACCCUCGGCAUCCCCAUCGUGGACCCUCUGCUGGUCCGGGCCGAGCAACGGAGCUCCGAGAGCAACCAGUGGCUCCUGCCGUCGCCCAAGGUGUUCGGCCACGUGCCGCUCGUCGUGUCCGGGAACAAGAGCUACUCCGCAUGGGACAUGCAGGGGUUCAUGGAGGACAUCGGGUUCGAGGAAGGGGUCUACCCGUACAAGACGCGGGUGUUGCCGAUGACGGACAAGUUCGAGGAGCCGGGCGUGCCGGUGACGUGCGUGGUGGGCAGCGGGGUCGAGACGCCGGAGACGUUGUUCUACGGGGAGGACGGGUUCGACGUGCAGCCGGAGGUGGUUUACGGCGACGGAGAUGGCACGGUCAAUUUGGUGAGCUUAUUGGCGCUGGAGUCCGAGUGGGCGGGGUCGGCGAGCCAGGAUCUGAAGGUGAUCAGGCUGCCUGGUGUCUCCCAUACCUCGAUUUUGAAGGAUAAGAGCGCUUUGAAGGAGAUUGUAGCAGAGAUUUGCAGCAUAAACGCCAUUACCGCGAGCUCUCUAGUCUUUCGAGCGUGACAAUACGAUCGAUUAAAAUGUUAUGCAGUCUAAAUUAAGUGUAUGAAUUUGAUAAUUUAAUGCAUAAUGCGUGACA